AUGCCUUGUCCACUGCCUCUCGAAUUAUGGCAGCAAAUUUUCAGCUCUUUGACAUCAACUGAUAUCAACAGCCUAGUUUUGACGAGCCGAUAUUUUUAUGUCAACUUCACCAACCUGCUUUACCAGAAUGAAAUCAAGAAGAAUGGAGGGCAUGUAGUGCUUCUGUAUGCUGCUCAGACCGGGUCUACUCGCACUGUGGAGCGUCUUCUAGAUGCCGAACGGUCUUUACAACCUUGCAUCAAUCCGAAAAGGCAAAAAGGACCGCAAAUCAACCCAAAUAGCCCAAAGAAAGGCUGUGACAGCUGGUCACCACUUGCCUGGGCAUCCGUGAGGGGAUUCGAAGACAUGGUGAAGCUUCUUCUCGGCAUGAAAAACAUUGAUCCGAAUGCCGAAUGCCCCAGGGGGCGGACACCUUUGUCAUAUGCUGCACAGCAGGGACGUGUGGGAACUGUCAAGUUGCUUCUAGAAGCUGGAGCAGACCCAAACAGCCAGGCUGAACUUGAGCGGACUCCACUAUACUGGGCUGGCACUCCGAGAUUGACAAGAGGGAUUCAUUUCCAGGCUAACGAAUUUGGUAACGACCAUACUGGGACUCUGUUUCCGAAUGCCUCCUGUAAGUUCCACAGAGGGGAAGAUAUUUUCUACGAGGAGGAGGUUGAGUCAUUCAGACUGAAGGUCAGAAAUUCUGCGUUACCAAUCUUCACCUCCGUCGACGUAUUUUUCGAGAAAGAUGUCCCGGGGACCGAGGAAUGGAAUAAAAAAAAUUCUCAUAAGCCUUUUUUUUUACCUGAUUAG